AUGAGACCGUUGAAGUUAUCUGACGAAUCUAUCAGAGACCACUCAAUAGUGAUCCAGGACUCUAAACUUUCCGUGCGGCCACCGCUAGAGGAAUCAGAGGAGAAGAUCGUGAGUGAACUGAAUAAGUGUAUCAGUGUCGUGACGUCUCAGAAAUGCCUUCUAACAGACGAGUUUGACGUCAAUAUUGACGAAAACCAAAAGGUGUUCCCUGAACUUCAAAAGAAACUGACAAAGCGUUACUUUGAAUGCAUUUCCCAGCUGAGUUCGAUUAUGACUUCUGCUGGGGAGUUGGUCAACAAAUGGCUUCAGUUGCAGUCGCUGUGGAGCGUCGACUUUGAAGAUUUGAAACAAUCUUUUGGCUCUAAUAUCGAGUACUGGCGCGAUGCUCUGCUUGAAGUUAAAAGUCUGAAAGACGCAUUUGAUACAUUUGAUACAUUCACUAUGUUUGGCCCAGUCAAAUUGGAGUAUGGUCAGGCUCAAUGGAAGGUGAGCGCUCAAUACAACGCAUGGCAACGCCAGAUCCUUGAAGUACUUGCACGGAACUUAGCUUCGAAAAUCAAAACGUUCCUAGAACAGGUCCGGACAGGUCGCAAAAAGCUCGAGAGUGCUCCUAUUGAUUUUGGUUCCGCAAAAGCUAUCAUAUCAUUAAUUGACAUUGUACAUCAUUUGAAGCUCCAGAGAGGAGAAUGGGAUCCGCAGAUUGACACUAUUGAUUCUUGUAACCGUCUCUUGGUGCUUUUCAGAAUGAAGUUCAGCUCCGACUGGGUCCACUUUGAGCAACUUUCGUCUGAAUAUCAGUUGUUUGAGAAGCUGCUGGACAGCAAGACAAACCAGAUAUUUUCGAAUAUGAACGUAGUGGUCCAAACUGCUGAAAACGAAGCAGCUUCUCUCAGAACAGCUAUUGAAGCAUUGCAUACCAAAUGGGAGAACGAGAAACCAUUGGGCAAGAAGCUAGCAUCUGAAACUGCUCUUUCGUCGUUGGACUCGUUUAAAGCGUCUUGUCAGCAUUUGAAUGAAAGCAGAUCCAAAUUGCUAAGUGUCGCUCGACUUUUGGACUUAUCAAUUGUCCUCAAAGAUUCUAUCACCCCUAUUCUUUCUGAGAUAAAUGACUUGAAAGAGUUUUGGUCUGCCAUUAGCGGGCUUCAGUCUUCUUUGGCUAACGUUAGAGAUCAGGAAUGGAAAUCAGUCACUCCGAUGGCUCUGAAAAAGACGUUGGAGGAGAUACUUGCCAAUUCUAGAAAUCAGCCAAUUGCCAUUAGACAGUAUUCUGCAUUUGAAGAAUUCCAAUCAAACUUGAAGACAUACAUCAAAGCCAUUCCACUGAUUGGUGGACUGUGCUCGGAUGCCAUCAAUGACCGUCACUGGUCCACUAUUUUUGAAGAAUUGUCUAUGAGGAAGGUGCCUUCCAAGCUACGUUUUGGUGACGUUCUUGAUCUGGAUUUUGCUAACAACGAGAAGUACUUCAAGACGAUCAUUCAUAAGGCCCAGGGAGAGAAGAAUCUCGAGAGCUCUAUCGAAAAUAUCCAAAAGAAUUGGGAGCAGCUAUCAUUCCAGUUGUUCCAAUUCAAUCCAGAAUUUAGGCUCAUCAAGGGCUGGGAGAUAUUAUUCCAGACUAUCACCGAAGACCUGAAUUCUUUGUGGUCCAUGAAAAUGUCUCCUUACUAUCCAGCUUUUGAGAAAAGUGUGGGAACACUAGAAGAGAAGUUGUGCGAGCUUCAAUUGAUUCUUGAUCUAUGGAUUGAAGUUCAGCGUCAAUGGAUUUAUCUUUCGGGAGUCUUUGAAAAGAACGAUGAAAUCAAGAAGCUUCUUCCUUUGGAAUCCAAUCGGUUUUUUAACACUUCAGCGGAAUUUCAUUCCUUGAUGAAGAACGUUUACAAGUCUACUUUAGUGAUGGAAGUUAGAAACAUCACUAAUGUCAAAGGUUUACUUGAAAAGAUUCAAGAGACUCUAGAAAAAAUCAAGAAAUCUCUAAUUGGGUAUCUUGAGAAACAAAGAGACGUGUUUCCAAGAUUCUACUUUAUCGGGAAUGAAGAGCUACUGGAAAUUGUUGGAAAUUCUAGCAAUGUGAGAUUGGUGUCCACCUAUCUUCAAAAGAUGUUCACUGGCGUGGCAGAUACUGUAUACAACUCUGAUACGUCAUGCAUAGAGAGCGUAAUAUCUCCAGAAGGGGAGAAAUUACAGCUGAAGUCCCCAGUGUCUUUGAUAGAGUUUCCUCACUUAACCGAUUGGCUACACGCACUUGAAAUCGAGAUCAAAAAUACCCUGGCAUUAUCAUUAGACGAUUCCUUAAAGCUGCUACCGUCAAUAUACGAAGCCGAAGAUCCUAAAAAUGAGCUUGUUCACUGGAUAGACUUGUUCCCAAACCAGAUUCUUCUCCUUUCCAUCCAGAUAUUUUGGACUCAACUUGUUGAAACCACGAAAAAUCUACAAUCAUGUGUUGAUAGGUACAAUUGCUUCUUGUCAUUGUUUGCCGAUAUGAUUCUUCAAAAUUUGACUUCUCUUCAGCGUCGAAAGUACGAAAACUUGAUCAUUGAGAUUGUGCAUCAGAGAGAUGUUCUUGACGUUCAAAAAGAACACAGUCUAAAAUCUUUUGAAUGGAAAUCACAACAAAGAUACUAUUUCGAUGUUUCUAAUGUCAUCACCCAGAGAGUUGUGAUCAAGCAAGGAAAUUGGCAAGAUUACUAUGGGUUUGAAUAUCUUGGAGCUCCUGCAAGAUUGGUCUACACUUCUUUGAUGGAUACGUGUUUCCUGGCGAUGUCAGAGGCCUUAAACCAGAAUCUGGGAGGAUCUCUCGUUGGUCCAGCUGGUACAGGAAAGACUGAGUCGAUUAAAGCCCUUGGACAGAACCUCGGAAUGAUGGUGCUAGUGUUCUGCUGUGACGAGACUUUUGAUUUCCAGAGUGUCAGCAGAAUUCUGAUUGGAAUCUGUCGUGUUGGCUCAUGGUGUUGUUUCGAUGAAUUCAACAGAUUGGACAAAAGAAUGUUAUCUGCAAUCUCUACACAGAUAGAGAAGAUUGAGAAUGCCCUUGCAUCGAAGUAUCCACUCGAGAUUGAGAUUUUGGCUAAAAAGUUUGAAGUGCAACCAAGAACAGGUGUGUUCAUUACCAGCAAUCCAAACUAUGCUGGAAGAUCUACUCUUCCCGACAAUCUGAAAACAAAGUACCGCGAGUUUUCUGUUGUGCAACCGGAUGCUUCAGUCAUUUCUGAAGUUAUUCUUAUUUCGCAAGGAUUUGAUUUAGCAAGAGACUUAGGAGAAAAGGUGGUUUCUUUCUUUGCUUCUCUUGAAUCUAACUGUUCCAGCCAGCCGCAUUACGACUUUGGUCUCCGUGCAUUGAAGAGUACACUUUCCAGAUGUGGAGCUUUCCGUCGCGCUAUCAAGGACGAUAUUACGGAUCCAAGCUUCGAGAACAGAAUUAUGGUUCACAGUUUGAAGACGGUUACGCUUCCAAAACUUCUUGCGGUCGACGAACCAAUUUUCGAAAAGAACAUCUCCAUUUUUGGCACUCAGGAGGGACUUGCUACUUCAGCUGAUCAAUUGGUCCCACAUCUCCGAGAUUUAGCUGCACAAAACGGAUUCGUUGCUUCUUCAGCAUGGAUCAAAAAAGCGUUGCAGCUAUACGAAAUUCAAGAGUCUCAUCAUGGGUUCAUGAUGGUUGGUGAAGCAGGCAGUGGAAAGACUGUUCUUUUCCAGUCUCUUCUUGAGUCAAUGAAGCGUACAACUGGUAAGGACAAUUCUGUUCAUAUCAUUGAUCCUAAAGUCCUUGGAAAAGAACUUCUUUACGGAUCGUUGGAUUAUGCUACCCGAGAAUGGACCGACGGAGUCUUCACUUCGAUACUAAGACGCGUUGAGCUGAAUCUCAGAGGAGAAAAGUCCAAGAACGUCUGGAUCGUGUUUGAUGGAGAUGUUGAUCCGAAUUGGGUCGAGAACCUCAACAGUGUUUUGGAUGACAACAAGAUUCUCACACUGCCUAGUGGUGAACGGAUUGCUCUACCUUCGAAUCUGAAAAUUGUGUUUGAGGUGCAAGAUCUCAAUUUUGCAACGCCCGCCACUGUCAGUCGAUGUGGAAUUGUCUGGUUUGGAGACAAACUGUUUGAGUUCUCUGAUUAUUAUACCAACCUUCUUCACUCGUUCAAGAACACCGAGCUGGAAAACGAGGAUAUGGUACAAAACACUCGACCUGGCUCUGUUGAUGACCUACGCUCACGCUUUGCCGAUUCAAUUGAACAAUCACUCCCGUCUACCGUCUUAUUCCAGGUAUGGACCGAAUCGAAGAAGUCCAGUCAUAUAAUGGACCGUGGAAUGAGCCCAAUAAAGACACUUUUCGGUCUUUUAUCGGACAGAUUUGAGCGGCUGGUGAAUUCCCAGACGAUUGUUCAUAAUGAAGAUAUCACUUCGUACGUCAUGCGUGCAGUGUUACACUCGUUGGUUUGGGCUUUUGCUGGUGACUCUCCGUUGAGUGAAAAACAACAAUUUUCUUUGUACCUCCAGAGUCUACCUCAACUAUCACAGUACAGCACUAGUGAUUUGCUUUACUCUGAGAUCUCAGUUUCUGACUAUGAGUGGAAACCAACAAGCGUUGCUGAAUUCGAUCUGGAGCCACACACGAUCACUAGAUCAGACGUUGUGAUCCCAACGAUGGAUACGACAGUUCACGAGAAUUUGAUUUUUUCGUUGAUCAGAAAGCAUGAGACUGUGAUUUUGUGCGGUCCACCAGGCUCAGGAAAGACAAUGACUUUAAUGGCUGCGCUCAGAAAGUCACACCGUUACAUUUUUGUGGGCGUCAAUUUCUCCAAAGAUACAACACCAGAUCUUGUGAUUAAGACUUUGGAACAGCACUGUGUCUAUACAUCUACUCCUUUGGGAAUCAAACUUGUUCCGUCUGUUCCUGAAAAAUGGCUCGUUCUUUUCUGCGAUGAGAUCAAUCUUCCAGCAUUCGACAGCUACGGUUCUCAGACAACUAUUGCAUUCCUCAGACAGCUGGUGGAACAAGGUGGAUUUUGGAGGAAGAAAGACGGAGUUUGGGUCACGUUGGGAAACAUACAGAUAGUUGGAGCCUGUAACCCUCCUACUGAUCCGGGAAGAAACGCACUCAGUUCCAGGUUCUUAAGGCAUUCCUCAGUUAUUAUGGUGGAUUAUCCUGGAGAGCAUUCGUUGACCCAAAUUUACUCCACGUUCAAUUCUGCCUUGUUGAAAUGUGUUCCUGAUUUGCGUGGAUACGUGCAACCACUUACCAACUCUAUGAUCCAAGUCUACAAUUCAUCCAGAACACAUUUCACGACCAGAGCUCACUACAUUUACUCUCCUCGUGAGCUGACAAGAUGGGUUCGCGGAAUUUACGAGGCUGUGAGAGCGUCUUCGCAUUUGAAUUUGGAACAGCUCAUUAGAUUAUGGGCUCAUGAAGCUUUGAGACUCUUUCUUGACAGAUUGGUCGAUCAAGACGAGCGCGAAUGGACUGUGAAGUUGAUAGAGUCCGUGGCAUCCAAAAACUUCCCUCAUCUUGACUUGGAAACUACGCUGAAACAACCUAUUCUUUAUUCUGGUUGGCUCUCAUAUGACUACGCUCCUGUAACUCCAAAAGAGCUUGGUGCUUUCGUGGAUCAGAGAUUAAAAGUGUUCAGUGAGGAAGAAACUAAUGUUUCUUUGGUACUAUACCCUGAUCUUUUGGAUCAUGUCUUACGAAUCGACCGUGCUCUGAAGAAUUCUCAAGGACAUAUGAUUCUAGUUGGUCCAAGUGGAAGUGGAAAGACAACCCUUGCAAAGUUUGUGGCCUGGAUCAACGGGCUCUACAUUCAUCAGCUGAUUGUUUCUCGGAAAUACACAUUGGCAGAAUUCGACUCUACUUUACGAGAGCUGCUACGCCGUGCUGCUGAAGGAACUAAAGUUUGUUUUAUUAUCGACGAGUCUUCGAUUUUGGAAACUGAGUUCCUGGAGAGGAUGAACACGUUGUUGGCAAACGCUGAAGUGCCUGGAUUGUUUGAAGGUGAAGAAUUCAGCACUCUCAUGACAAUCUGUUCUCAAAGGUCGCAAGAACAAGGUCUAUUUUUGGAUUCUGACGACGAGCUUUACUCUUGGUUCACUGGACAAGUUGCUAACAAUUUCCAUGUGGUUUUCACAAUCACCGAUCCAUACUCCACAGAUGCUCCUCCUCUCAUUUCAUCGCCAGCUCUUUUCAACAGAUGUGUUAUUAGUUGGAUGGGAGACUGGACAUCGGAGUCGCUGGAAGCAGUUGCCAAAGGUUUAUUGCAAGUGUUACCAAUUAACAACUCGCAGUAUCACCCUCCUGUUGGAUCAAGUGUCGAUACGCUUCAGGAAGCUGUCGUGGAUAUUUUUGUGAAGAUCCAUCGGGGAUUCAACAGCUACAAACCUACUCCAAAUCAGUUUUUCUCUUUGAUCAAUAACUUUAUUUCCUCGUUCAAUUCUCAAGAGGCUGAAUUACAGGAACACCAGUCCCAUAUCAAUGUUGGUCUUGAUAGACUGAAGGAAACGUUUUUGGAAGUUAAGGAGCUGAACAAGAGUCUUUCGGUGAAGAGACAUCAGCUCACAGAGAAAAAUAAAGAGGCCAGAGAAAUGCUUGACAAGAUGAUCACCGACCAAAACGAAGCCGAGCGGAAACAGGAGGCUUCUAUAGAAAUCCAUAGUCGGUUUGAAGAGCAGGAGAAAUACAUCAGAGAACGGCGUAGUCUUGCGCUUGAAGAUCUCGAAAAGGUUGAGCCGUUAAUCUUAGAGGCUCAAAGAGGAGUCAAGAAUAUCAAGAAACAGCAUUUGACCGAGCUGAGAUCUAUGAACAAUCCUCCUGAAGCAGUGAAGAUCACCCUGGAAUCCGUGUGUAUCCUGCUUGGAUACGACGUGAGCACUUGGAGAGAUGUUCAACUGAUCAUCAGAAGAGACGACUUUAUCGCAAGUAUUGUUGGAUUUGACAGCGAGGUGCACCUGACGAAAGAGCUUGCCGACUUUAUGGAGUCGGAAUACAUUUCAAGACCAAGUUACAACUUUGAAUCUGUGAAUCGGGCCAGUAAAGCCUGUGGACCUUUGCUUUUGUGGGUUGAAGCUCAAUUGAGAUAUGCUUCCGUGAUUGAGAAAGUCCAGCCUUUGAAAGACGAGGUGAGAGCCUUGGAGAACGAACUGGUUGAUACAAAAGCCAAAUUGAUUGCUCUUGAUGGAAUGAUCCAGGACUUGGAGCAGAGCAUUGAGGAUUACAAAGAAAAGUACAGCGAGGUGAUUAGACAGAGCGAGAAGAUCAAGACCGAGAUGCAAGACGUUGAGAACAAGGUGGAGCGCAGUACAAUGCUGUUGGAGAGUCUCCGAGACGAGAAGGACAGAUGGGGUUCAAGUGUGGUCGAUUUUCAGAAACAGAGAGAUUGUUUGGUCGGCAACACGUUGCUUGGAACAGCUUACAUGUCAUAUCUGGGAACGUACAGCGAGCUUGAGAGACGCAAGUACUCUGAGUCUUGGAAAUCCAUUCUUUCUCAGUACUCAAUUGCCUACGAACCGACCCUUGAUUUCAAGUCUUGGGCUUUGAAACCAGAUCAGGAGUACAUUUGGCAGCAAAAUGGUCUUCCAAAUGACGAGCUGUUUAUUGAAAACACGAUGAUGUUGAGCAAAGAUGAAAGAUAUCCAUUCAUUCUGGACCCUUCGGGUCUCAUGAUUAAUUUCCUGGUGAAUACACAUACAGAUCUUGUUGUGACGAGUUUCUUGGAUGACGGAUACCUGAAGCUUUUGGAGAACUGUAUCAGAUUUGGAGGUCAUAUUUUGAUUCAAGACGGAGAAUAUUACGAUCCUUUGAUCAGUCGUUUGAUCGCUAAGGAUAUUCAGACAUCUGGAGGCCGCAGUUUGGUGAGACUUGGGUCUAAGGAAAUUGACCUUUCUCCAAACUUUAGAUUAUUCGUGCAUACAAAGGACUCGUCUGCAAAGAUAGCACCAUUUUUGCAGAGCAGGAUGAACGUGUUGAACUACACAUUCACAAGCAGUUCUUUGGUCAACCAGGCUCUUGACAUGACUCUUAACAGCGAGAAUCCGCAACUUGAGAAACAGCUUGUUGAAUUGUCCAAGGUUAAUGGAGAGUACAAAGAUAGUCUCUACAAUCUGGAGAACGAUUUGUUGAAGAAUCUGAGCGAUACCCGUGUUAGCAUUCUUGAUAACGACGAGCUAGUCAAGAAGCUUGAAUCGAUCAAGUCACAGGCUGCAUCCAUUCAAACCAAGCUCUCACAAUCGUCUGCUUUGCUUGAAGAAGUCACCAAAGUGCGGAAUGAAUAUCUGCCUCUGGCAGAAAGCUACUGCCAGAUACAACUUCUGCUCAACAGACUCUGGGAGCUGAACAGUAUCUACCAGUUCGCAAGCAACCACUUGGUCGUUGUGUUCAAGAAGAUGCUGAAAUCAAGCCAUGGAAAGACUGUUGAACAUAUGAUUUCCGCUCUGGGUGAAGAGACUUAUAGAUCUACUGCCAACUCGCUGAUCCAGGAAGACCGCAGCAUCUUUGAGCAGCUUCUAAAGGACAUUGUCGGCGAGUUUGAUUCGUCUAGGGAGUACGAACUGGCAGAGACACUGGAAGAGAGCUCGUUGUUCCUGCUUCGUGCAUCCGGUGGAUUCGAUGCCGCUGCUACCAUUAACAGUCUGGCAAAGUCGCAUCACAGGGAACUGAGCUCUUACUCCAUGGGAUCCAGCGAAGGUCUCGAGGUUGCCAGACGACUAUUUGUGUCAACAAUGAAGAGCGGAGGCUGGCUUCUGGUGGAGAACGUGCACAUGUCUCCGGAGUUUAUUGAGAUCAUUCCGAAGCUUUUGGAGGGAGAAAAGAGGCCUGGAUUCCACUUAUUCUUGUCGUGUCAGGUUGACUCUCAGAUCUCCAGCACUGUCUCUAAGCUGUGCACCAAGUUUGUGUUUGAGAGCGAUCCCGGAAUCAAGACUGUUCUUGAGGAGAGUUUGCUGAAGAGCAACGCGGCAAUGAGUCUUAAUAAUGUGGCACACCCCGAGCACGCUCGACUCUACGUUUUGCUAGCAUGGUUUUACGGACUGUUGAAGGAACGGCUGAGAUUUGUGCCUAUUGGGUUCAGCAAGAGCUACGAGUUCACGGAGGCCGAUCUGGCUUGUGCGCAGCAUGUUCUUGACCAGGUGAUUGCGGACGGCGUUGCGUGGGAUGUGCUGUCGAACAUGUUUGGCCGAGUGGUUUUUGGUGGAAAAGUGACAGACAGCGGAGAUCUUGCUGUUAUUAUGCGGGUUUCGCGGCUGCUGUUCAGUCCUGGUGUUUUGGAUUCGCAGCCGAUCACGCUGGACGGGUCGGCCGUGAGUCUGUUGAGAUGCAGACGAAGCGGCGACUGGCCGCGCGGGCCGAACGGGUGCUGGCCGCGUUACGACAGAGCAACUAGAUAUAGACAACUUUAUUAUGAACGUACGUUACGAUUGCUGGUAGGCCCUUUCGUUGGUGCACCCCCACUUGCCGUUUUUCUGGAACACGAUGCCGUUGAGGUUGAUGUGGACGAGGUUUUCGUUGGACCGGCCCAGCGCGUCGACGUAGUCGCUGCAGAAGUGCGAGAUGCACGUGGCGAGCGGCCGGAAGAAGCCCUGGUUGAAGCGGCAGUCGUAGGUGGGGUCGUGAUCGAUGCUGAGGAGGGUGUGGAAGUUCCAGGACACGUUGAGCAGCGGCAAGUUGUCGAACGGGGUUCCUAUGAAGCGGGCGGCAAGCGUGGCUGCCGCGCAGCUGAAGAAGCACGGGGAGAUGACGUCUUUCUCGAGUCCGGCGCUGGAGUCGUUGCGGCGCUUGAUGUAGUUCCCUUCAAAGCCAUGGACGAUCAUUCCGUCGAGUGGGGGAGAGUGGCGGAGAUACAGCUGUUCAAGGUGUGUGUUGUUGGGCAGCUGUUUGAGCAGCGCCGUGACGGCCACGUCGAACUUCUCGGUGUAGUUGUGGUCUCUGUGGACGGUUUUCUGGAGCAGGGCGAGCUGCUUGAGGUGGAGCGGCUUCGAGCACAGAUGGGCCGCAAACUCGUUCAGACACGCACAGGCCAUCUGGUCGCAGCCGGCGGUGAUCUCGAGACGGCACAGCUGAGCGGCGUCUGUGUGGUCGAGCAGCUGGCGCACGAGCAGCCGCGCGGCCUGGUUGUAGUCGUUGUAGCCGUGGUUUGGGGCCUGGCUCAACAAAAGUGCCAAAUCCGGGGAGAUCUGGGUGCCGGCCACCACGACGCUCUCGACGCACUGCAGCAGCUCCUUGUUGAGCGUCAGCGUCUCAAAGAGCAGCUCCUGUCGCAGCUCCAAAUUCUGGUAAACGCUCGGGAUAACCGCGCGGUAGACGUCGUAGCAUGUGCACGCGAGGUCGAUCUUGUCCUGCUGGCCCAAAAACGGCACAACGAGUGGCAAAACACGCGCAAACAGCAACGAGCUGGUCAUGGCCUAAUAAUUGCAAAUAAUUUAGAGAUAUAUUUUCUCCAUGUAUUUAGGCACAUGUCUGUUACGGGUCAACCUCUUGCCAGCGGGUCGCCUGUUUUAGAGACGACGCCGCUGCUGAGUCCCCCCACCGGGGCGGAUCAGUCGCCAUUUUCCAAGCGGUCGUUGUCGCAGUGGACAAACACCAUCAGAGACCUCCAUAUUGGCAACAUGUUCCGGUCCAAGAACGUGCAACCGCGCGCCACAGAAAUCUACUACUCCGUGUUCCGCGCCCCUCCAGACAUCCACCCGCUCACCAAGCUGCCGCAGGCCGGUUUCUUGGACCUGGGCCCCACCACAAGAGCCGACUUUGAGCAGGUCGUGGCCAGUGGGGCAGAGGCCAUUGAGCUGGGCAUUGGCCCGCAGCUCAUUUCUGCGGGCUCGUCCGGCUCGUAUUUCGUGUACAACGCCAACUACGAGCCCAUCGGCGUGUUCAAGCCCCAGGACGAAGAGCCGUACGGCCCGCUGUCGCCCAAAAUGACCAAAUGGAUCCACAGAAACUUCUUCCCGUGCUUCUUCGGCCGCUCGUGUCUGAUCCCCAACACGGGCUACAUCGCCGAGAGCGCAACCAGCCUGCUCGACCGCCAGCUGCAGACCUUCAUUGUCCCGUACACGGACAUCGUGACGCUCUCGUGCGACAAGUUCUACUACCCGAUGUGGGAGCGUGUCGGGGCGUACAUUGCGGGCAAGCCACUGCGGCCCAAGGUUGGCUCGUUCCAGCUGUUCUUGCACGGCUACCAGGGAGCAGACGAGUUCUUCAAGCAAUAUCCGUUGCCGCACCAGUCUCAGUCUCCGUCCUCAGAGUUCCAAUGGACUCCCGAGACGUUGCAGCAGUUGCAGCACGAGAUAGAGAAGUUGGUUAUUCUCGAUUUUAUUGUGAGAAACACAGACAGAGGUCUUGAUAACUGGAUGCUCAAGAUCGAGCAUAUCAACGGACGGCCACAGAUCCGACUCGGGGCCAUCGACAACGGGCUGUCGCUGCCGUGGAAACACCCGAACGAGUGGCGCUCGUUCCCGUUCGGCUGGCUGUUUCUGCCCAUUUCCAUAAUUGGCCGGCCGUUCUCUGCUGCUACCAGAAAACACUUUCUGCCGCUUCUCACGUCCAAGGAGUGGUGGGAGGACACGUCAGUGCUGUUGCGCGAGAUGCUCAGCAGAGAUCGUGGGUUCAAGGAGCGCAUGUUCCGUAAACAGUUGGCUGUGCUCAAGGGCCAGGCCUGGAACGUGGUGCAGACGCUACUGGUGCCCGGACAGAGUCCGCUGGAUCUCGCGCGCAAACCCCGGAUGAUCGUGCAAGACUCGGAGAUCGAGGUCCCGCUCACAAGCCCGAUUCCCUUGAUCGUCAACGCCAUGGACUCGCCGUUUACAGAUAACAGUGCUCCGCUGGGACAGAGCCUACAAAACAACUGGAACUCGUACCUGACGGGCGAGAUCGACGAGUCCAAGUGGGAGGAGAGCAACACCACGAUUCUGGACCAGGGCAUCCAGCUCGUGAGCGUGGGCACGAAAACGGUGAUUGUCGAACGGCUGCAGCCGUCGCACGUUAUCCACGGGUACGUGGGCAACAAGGCCGCGACGUUCCCGCUGCAGAUGCUCGGGUGGAACGUUGACGUGCUCAACACCGUCAAUUUCUCCAACCACACCGGGUACGGCAAGUUCUACGGCGAGGUUGUUACGGGCGAGAAAUUGGCCGAGAUGUACGCUGGACUCAAGCAGAUCGGCGUCAAGUACAACGCUGUGCUCACCGGGUACAUCCACGGCGCCGACUCCUUGGCCGCGGUCGGGGAAAUGUGCACAGACGUCAAGAAAGCCCACCCAGACUGUCUCUGGCUGCUCGACCCGGUCAUGGGCGACGACGGCCAGAUCUACGUGAGCCAGGACGUGAUACCGGUGUAUCGCAAGAUCGUUCACUCCGGCCUGGUCGACGUGAUCACGCCGAACCAGCUCGAGCUCGAGCUCCUGCUCGACUUGAAGAUCACAGACAAAGACUCGCUGUUCGAGGCAUUGCAAACCCUGCACACCGAACACCACGUGAAACAUGUCGUGGUAUCGUCUCUGUUUCUAUGUGCCGACAAGCUGGGGCUGGACCCGGACCCAGACCACGACGACUGCUUCUACUGCUGCGUGUCGUCGACCGACAUGGCUGCGCCGAUCGUGUUUGCGAUCCCAAAGCUGGACUCGUACUUCACGGGCGUCGGAGACCUGUUUUCGGCGCUGCUGGUCGACCGUUUGUACCGACUGAACGAUCUAGCACAGGCCGCCAACCAGGUGCAGACGGUGAUGGCAGAGGUGCUCGGGCUCACGCGGCAGAUGUGCUGGGAGGCGCUCGGCACCACCGUCAAGGGAAAGAUCGGCGACGCAGCCACUAUGAAAGAAUGCGAGCUACGUGUGGUGGAGGCCAGACAUUUAUAUGCCGGCUCCACAGCAGGAUUCAAGGCUGUGCAGCUCUCGAGGCCGAGCAGUUGA